AUGAGUUCCGAAGGUAGCCUCAACCACGAACAGCAGGAAACGGAGGUUGGCCACAAGGAGGAGGCCAUGCGCCGGAACAGUGAGGGUCUCGAGGUAGAGCAGGACGCCGACGACCCGCCCGUGCUCCGCACCGAGGUCAAGGUGGCCGAGCAAGCCUCGAAUCGUACGCACGCCCUCAACCUGUCUGUACCCUCCCACUCUGCCGAACGUCACCUCACCUUGGUCCACAUCUCAGCAGCUCACUCUGUGCCCGACGUGGCGCCUCGCCUGGGAAUGGCCUGCCACUGCUUCUGA